CCCAAGCUGCAUGGUCCGGGCACGCAUGAACUUACCAGCUCGGAACGGAAAUUCUAGUACGGAGGUAACCCUGCCCCGUCCCGUAGGUCCUGCCUGUUGGCUACACGACGGCAAGGCAGCAGAAGGCUGAGGUAAGCUCCUGCACUGAAUCAACACCUCGACCAGCCCAACACGACGAAUCUCUGAACAUCGACAAUCUUUCACCCACCGGUCGCAGCCACUAGAUCUCACCUUCUGCACACCUACUUCUUAGGGCUUCCUGCACUACACUGACGAUACUAUUUCGAUUGCCGCAAACCCUACCUACCCCGACGACACACCUUCCCGGAAGCUAUGGCCUCCGAUCAAGAGCGGGAGCACGCGCUCGACUCCUUCAAGGCGAAGCUGAUCGAGUCGCGGGAAUGGGAGGCAAAGCUGAAGUCCCUGCGGCUGGAGAUCAAGGGGCUACAAAAGGAUUUCGACCAGACAGAAGACAACAUCAAGGCGUUACAAAGCGUUGGCCAGAUCAUCGGCGAGGUUCUGAAGCAGCUGGACGACGAGAGAUUUAUCGUCAAGGCAUCUUCCGGACCGAGAUACGUGGUCGGCUGCCGCUCCAAAGUCGACAAGGCGAAACUCAAGCAGGGAACUCGUGUAGCGCUUGAUAUGACAACGCUCACGAUCAUGCGGAUGUUGCCCCGUGAGGUCGACCCCCUCGUUUACAACAUGUCACUCGAGGAUCCCGGCCAGGUCAGCUUCGCUGGUAUUGGCGGGCUCAACGAACAGAUCCGAGAGUUGCGAGAGGUCAUAGAAUUGCCCUUGAAGAACCCCGAGUUGUUCUUGCGGGUUGGAAUCAAGCCCCCGAAGGGCGUCCUGCUCUACGGGCCGCCAGGAACCGGAAAGACACUGCUUGCGAGGGCUGUGGCGAGCAGCUUGGAGACGAACUUCCUCAAGGUUGUAUCGUCCGCCAUCGUCGAUAAGUACAUUGGAGAGUCUGCCCGCCUGAUUCGCGAGAUGUUCGGAUACGCGAAGGAGCACGAGCCGUGCAUCAUCUUCAUGGACGAGAUUGACGCCAUUGGAGGACGGCGUUUCAGCGAGGGCACCUCGGCCGAUCGAGAGAUUCAGCGGACCCUCAUGGAGCUGCUAAACCAGCUCGAUGGCUUCGACUAUCUCGGCAAGACUAAGAUCAUCAUGGCGACGAACAGGCCCGACACCUUGGACCCCGCGUUGCUCCGUGCCGGACGCCUCGACCGGAAGAUUGAGAUCCCACUGCCCAAUGAGGUGGGCCGGUUGGAGAUCCUCAAGAUCCAUGCCUCAAGUGUCGUCACGGAGGGGGACAUUGACUUUGAGAGCGUCGUCAAGAUGAGCGACGGUUUGAACGGAGCAGAUCUGCGCAACGUCGUCACCGAGGCCGGCCUGUUUGCCAUCAAGGAUUAUCGGGAGGCGGUGACCCAGGACGAUUUCAACAAGGCGGUCCGCAAGGUUGCGGAAUCGAAGAAGCUCGAAGGCAAACUCGAGUAUCAGAAGCUGUGAUGAGGGUCCGAGGGCGACACGAGAGACACACGAGGCUACGAGGCCCGGUUUGGAGCGGCGGGAGUGACUGCCAAGCCAAGUGUCGGCUCACGAACCCAGCACUCGACUGUAAUACUGUACUACUAGGAAUCCGAUCCAGGAGAGGGGGUUUGGGAGCCUGAAGUGAUAGAGAAUUUUAGCCUUCCCUGCGGA